AUAUGGACGGGAGAGCAGGUUAUUUUCGAUUUGUUCGACAAUGACAUCAUGUGAGAGAUCGGUGGAUCCUCGGACGACGAUCGUGUUGUUUUCUUCCAAGAGAUCGAGGACGGGCGCCGCCGUUGUGAUGUGCGAGGUGUUUUGAAUUUCAAUCCGGUCGUUUGUUUUCCGUUUGACGUGCGCCAUGAGUUGACCGGAGGAAAUGGCAUAUUGGCAAGUAUUGGAAUGGAAGAGGCGAUGUCCUGUUUUAUCGGUGAGUUCUCAUUCGACUGAGGUUUCUUCCGAUUGGUCCAACAAGGAGGAGUCCAAUGAUCCAAGUGAAAAUAGCUGCGGGUAUUGGCAGCUCCAAUUAGACAGAGAUCUCGUUGAUACCAUUUCCGCCAUCUACCCGGAGUGGUUCAAGCACAACAUGGCUGAAGGCGGGGGAUCCUCCCAGGCGCAGAGGGAGUCCUCCCCGAAGGCUGUUAUAGACACAUCACCCCUGCACAUCAACCAGAACAAAGAAUCCCUCAAAGUGAAGCUCAUGCUUCGACGCCCUCUGGAUCAGCUGGUCGACCAGGGAAUCAUGCCCCCUCACAAAACACCUGCCGCCUACCAUGGCCAGAGGCGCCAAUUGGAACGCGCGAAAACGGGUGACAUGCUCAAGGCCAAGAUCCAACAGAGGCCGUCCAGGCAGGAACUGGAACGGAGGCACAUCCUGGAAUCGGACCCGGGCCACCUCGACCCCAGCCUGGUGGAGAGGCAGCGGAUGCUCAAGAAGGCCAAGCUGACGGAUCAGCUCAACGACCAGCUGUCCCACCGACCCGGUCCUCUCGAACUGAUAAGGAAGAACAUCCUGCACACCGAGGAGCCGAUCGAGCAGGCCGUCAAGACCGGCAAGAUACCCUACAAGGCCACCAGCGAGGGACAGCUGAAGAGACCUCAGCACCCGUCCAGUUACAUCACCCCCGAGGACGACUCCCAGAGCUCGGCGGAAGGAGACCUUCUGAGUCCGGCGACGAGCGACAUGUUGGAGACGGCGGCCAAAUCGGCCGGCAUUGUGGUUUCGUUGAUACCGGCCACGGAGGGUACCGUGGUUUUAUCGACGGCCGGUCCGAUGCUCAAUAAAGACAAUACGGAUAUUAUGUUCGCGGAUUUGUGCAGAUCGGUCACGGCGCCUUUGUUAACCCGAGCUUCGGCUUCGAGCCCCGCGUCUCUGACCUCGACGACGUCCACGUUAAGUCCCCUCUCUUCGGUAGCUAGUCCGGUACCCACGAUCGUUUCUCAACCGGGUACCCCCAUCCCCCCGCCCCUACCUCCCAUAGCGUUAACCCCGAGGCCGUCGCCGUCUCCCGCCAAGAGUGACGUCCCGGGUAAAGACAAGAACAGGAAGAAGUCGAAGUCGAAAUCGAUACCGAAAGCGAGAACUAUCAAGUUUCACGAGUAUAAAGGACCGCCCAGUGCGCAGAAGAACUCGUCGAGCAACAGCAACUCCGGGGAGUCGUCGUACGAUCUUCUGCUACAGCAGCAGACGUUGCUGCUGCAGUUCCAGCUCCAGUUGCAGCACAAAUACCCUCAGAUAAUCCUACCGGCCGCUCAAGAAACCCAGAGUGAGGCCAACAAUAACAGUUCGAUGAACAACCCUCAACCGUCUCCGGCGCCUUCGACGUCUUCGGAAUCUUCGGUGGCGAAUAAGGCUUCCGGUCGUCUGGAAGACAUGAAGGUCAGUGAUUUGAAGGCCGAGUUGAAACGUCGCAACUUACCUGUAUCAGGUUCAAAGCCGCAACUCAUCGAGAGACUUAAGUUAUUUAGUAGUAAUCAGAUAGAUGGUAGUAGCCAAGCUUCGUUCGCCGAGUCUGUCCACAGCAACUCCAGCAUAGACCACAUGCAGAAUUCGCCGAUUUAUCAAGAUAUAGAUUCCCCUGAAGACGUUAACAAGAACGACUCUGAACCUAUGGACAUUGGGAAUCCGUUAAGUCCAACGCCUCAAGUGAUAAUGAAACAAGAACCUUUAUCACCGCCUAAACUGAACGAACAACCGCAACAACGAUACUCCAACGAUAUUGUCAAGGAACAACAGAAGAAGAUCGAGGAGUUACAGAGGGAACUCACGCUCUCCCAACUCAAACUUCAAGCAGCUACCCGGUCGGAGACCAAAGCGCAAGUGUUGGCCCUCCAGAAACACCUACAAGCUAAACAACAGCAACAGGCCACCCUGCAGAUACAACAACUGCAGGCCCUCCAGGCGCGUCAGUCUCAGAUGAACGAGGAACAGCAGAGGUUGCAACAGCAACAACACGUCGCCUUCCAGAACCAGAAGAACCUGGCCAACGGUCUGGUCUUGAACAGCGUCGACGCCGCCAUGGUCUUGAACCAGCUGAUUCACGGGAAGGUGAAAUUCGGCGGUAACAAUCACCAGAGGACGAACUCCCUGCCGAACUUCUUCAACACUGUGGUAUCGCCUGUAAUCCCCACGUCCGAGCCUAAACCUGAGGUGAUCGAGAUCAAGCCUCCUCCGGUUUACGAGGAAGUGGCGACCACCAGGAAGAACAGCGUGAAGAGUCAGAUAGUCGACGACGUCUUGGAGAUCCUGAUCAAGAACGGGGAGCUUCCUCCGAGCGCAGCUCAAGACCCUGUGACUCCAAACUCCGGAGAAACCAAGAUAGAACCGAUUUAUCCAAAUCACGUGGCCGAGAACAACAACCAUGAGGAUUCCUUCGAUCUGAACCCCAACGAUCUGAUCGACUCCUUGGAAAACCUGGACGGGAUGGACCUGAGUCAAUUCGCGAUGGAAUUGGGUCCCCAUAACCCGGACAACAACAACAUGUGCAUCGAGAACGACGCAGUGCCCAUGGACACUGACGAAUGGUUGGAAUCGUUGUUGCCGAGCGAGGACAAACACAGCAUCAUCGACGGUUGUAACAGCCAGCAUAUGUCGAUUCAAGAGCCGGAUCUGAACGGUUACGAUCCUCUGUUAGCUUUGUCGCACGAUCCAUUCGACCCCUUCAAUCUGGACGAGUUCAGGAACACGUCCGAUCUGACUGCGGCGUUAUCCUGGGACAAGAUAGACUAUGCCGCAUGACUUUUCGUUGUACAUACAAAAAUCGCAACGGUACUUAUUUCAGUGACGUGAACUGGACACACAGUGAAAAUUGGCAUUCCAUGUGAGGCCGCCAAAAUCGCCUGAAAGGGUUAGGGACCAGGCGGUUCAAACUACCAGGGCACACGCAUCCGAAAAAUUGUGUACAUAUUAAUUUUAAUUAGGAAUAUCGUGUAACUAAUUAUUUAUUGUUAGGUAUCAUUCAGACAAUAUUUUUGUUAUCCGUUCGGAGAGGUUUAUAUUUUUAGUCGACAUCUCGUUUUUGUGGGGUUGUGUGUAAUGGGGGUUGUUAUGAAAUUUGCGAGGUUUGAUCGGAAAAUAAAGAUAAAUAUAACGUUUGUCGAGAUUAUUCUAAUUUUUAAUCAAGGAGCUACCAGUGGUAUGAAAAAUGAUUUUCUGUACCUUUUAUCCUGUAAACAUUCUUCAUUUUUCUUUUGUUUGUUUUUAUUUUAUUCCAAAGUUGAUGGAAGAUGAAAUAAACAAAAAUUUGAAUAGAUAAGUAUCUCGAAAGAAGAGAAAAAGUGCCAAAUAAAUUGUGGAAUGAAAGGAUUCCGCGUAUUUUUUUAUCAAACCUCAUGGAGUGGUGUCUACGAAAGCGCUGGCAGGCCACACAAAAAAAAAUCAAAUGUAUAAUUCCUACUUGCUAAGUCAGCUGAGUUACAAGUCGGAUUUCCGACUUGCAAGU